CACAGACAGACAGACAGACAGACAAAGAAGGCCAACACACAACAAGUAUGUAUGUAUUGUGCCAUGAAAUGAAUGUAUCUCCGCUAUGCACACAACAUAACAUCACCACCUGUCUGCCUGUCCCAGACACCAUGCCAGAUAAUGACAGACACCUCACUCUCUGCCUCUUCACGGAACGGAACAGUACAAACAAGCCGGCCGGCUGACCAGAACCGAUUGCCGUCGCACUGACUCACUGAGUGUAUCGUCAUUCCCCGGUUCCCUUGUCCGUCUCGCCUGACUGUCCGGUCUCCUCCCUCUCUCGAGUCUUCUCUGCCAACGGCCCCCCGGCAUCAUCUGGCGACGUCGCCUUGCCCUCCUUCCCCUCAUCUCCCUUCUUGUUGCCCUCUUCCGCAGGAACCUUCUCCUUGACGACGACCACAGUAUCAUCCUUGUCGGUCGCCUUGCGGCCCACCACUUGCGGCUGUGGUGCUAGGGGCAUCAUGCUCGGGGUGAUGUCCUCACUGGCACGUGCAGAGGUGACCCCCCUGAUGUAGUGGGGCGGCAGGAAGGGUGUGCCGGAUGGGCUGAUAGGGGAGCCCGCCCUGAGCUCCAUUGGCGACUCAUCAUAUUCGUAGUCCAUGUCGUCGUCGAUGCGGAAGGCCUCGUCAUAGGGGUCGUCUUGGGAGCCGUGGAGGUCCUCAAACUCGAUUUGCACAUACUGCAGCAAGUAAGCCACCAAGACAGCCACAAAGAGGGACACCCAGGGUGGAUGGAUGGAUGGAGAGAGCGAUACAUCGAUAGCACGGCUGAGUAGUCGGGGGAGAGAGAGGGAGAGGGCAGGGGAGAGAAGAACCGCGGGCUGACAUAGAAGCUGCUGGCUGGCUGAGCCCUACAGUCUUGCUGACUCAUUCAAUGUGACCGUACAGUCAGUAUAGCGACGUCAAUCAUCCCGCCCGACAUAGCAGAGGCAGCCCCUCUCCCUGCCCCUCCCCGUCCCUGUCAGCCCAGCCAAUGAGGUGAAAGAGCCCCUCCACAGCCUCGUCAAAGCGGAGCUCCGCCAGCACCCAUCCAAAAUAGCCCUUCCGCUCACUCCGCCGCCAACAGAACAGCUGCCGGCGCGUGUGGGUGGCUGGCUGGGCGAGGGUAGUGGGUGGCUCGCAUUCCGGCUCCUCUGGGUGAAAAGGGAAGCGGCUGAGCAGAUGACCGGCCUAUGGCCACAAAACCAGACAGACACACACAGAUAUCUGCCCAACCCAACUGUACACCGGGAAGAUGCGGGCAGACGAGGCAGGCAAGGCAAGAAGCGACCGCACCGCUUGGCGGCGCGGAAAACUCUACCUACAGCCAGACACUGCUCUCUCUCUCUCUCUGUAUGAGGGUCACACCCUUGAGCUGACUGAACCGCAUCGCAUCGCAUCGCAUCGCAUCGCAGCAAAGCACCGACCGUACAGCAGAGGGUCUGGUCUGAUCUGCCCUGGCCUGCCACCCUACGCCCCACUGCCCCGGCCCCCAGCCAGCCUCACAUAGCAGUCGUCAGCAACGCCUCCCCCCUUCCCCUCUCCCUCCCCCUCCCCUGUGCUGCCUUGAUGCGUGUGAUGAUGACCAUGCGAUGCCACCCCUCGCCCUCCCACGGGCCUCACCUUGCGGACAUUCUCCUCAUGCCGCCGGUCGCGGGCGCCCCUCGCCUGUGUCCGGUCGGCUCCACUGGACGGAGCUUGUGGCUGCUGGGCGAUGGACACGACUAUGACGCCGACGAAGACCAAUAGGCUGCCGAAGAGAUACAUCCAUGUGAACCUGACACACACACACGUAAGUCAACAAACAGACAUACAGACAUACAAAGGGGCGUGGCGUGUUGCCGGUGUCAGUGUGGCGUCUUCGCCCGCUUACUUGUGUUCUUUGAGUACGAUGGCGUCUGCGAUGAGAGAGACGGGGAUCUGCAUGGAAAGGCCCACGGUGGCGAUGACGGGCGACAGCAGGAUUAUGGUCAUCGCCCACAGAUAGUCACUCAACACUGUGCCCAGUAGACCUGACACACGGAUAGAUGGAUGGAUGGAUGGAACACACAGCCUUAGAAGGGUGUGGUGUGUGCAUCUCCCGUCCCUGUCCGCACCGUUGAGCAUCAGGAACCCCCAUAUGCUCCAUGACGGCAUCCGAAAAGACUCUAUGCCCGUCAGGUCUGCAAUCAGCAGCAGGGGAGGACCCACAAGAGCAAUCACAAUCCCGAUGCACCUGCACACACACAACAGACAGACAGACACACACACAGACACACACAGACAGGUGAGCCACUCCAUCAGGGAUUUCCACGUCUGCCAAUCUCGCCCACCCAAAGAAGAAGCCCAUAUCGAUGUCGCGGUCAUCAGGCGCCUGCUUCUUGAGCAGCGUGGUGAAGAAGGCAUAGCACACGGCCGACAGCACGGCCAGACUUUGCCCCCAGAGGGUGCCCUUGAUGUGCUCCCCGAUGGUCGCCGGCGUGUUGAGCUCGAUCAGGAUGACGCCCACGAAGGACACGCAUAUGGCGAGGAAGGUGGGCAUGUGGAAGCGGUCCCGCAGGAUGACCAGGGUCAAGAAGUAAGUGAAGAAGGACGACGUCGACGAGAGGACCGUGUUGGUCGCCACGCUCGUGUGAAGGAGGCUCGUGUUGAACGUCAGCUGCGCACCUGAUCAAUCCAUCCAUCAGCAAGAUGCAGAAGAAUACAGAGUGCUGCAGGUCGGUGGCCUUGGGUGCGUCGGUCGGCGAGUGGCGGCUUGGCUUACCGAACCAGAGGAGGCCGAGUGGCACCGCCAGCUGCAUGAGUGCCUUCCGCGGGAUGGCCUCUGCCACUUCAUAAGGCGAUCUGCUCUCCUCCUCCUCCUGCAGUAUGUCCACCAGCCCCUGACGCACCAGCCGGUCACGACGCCUCUUGGACAAAUACGAACGAACCAAAGACGGACCUGACCACACACAGCACACAGAGAGAGAGAGAUGCAACAGAGAGAGAGGUUUGGCACAUCAAAUGCCCGGUUUCUCAUGCAGCAUGAAUGCCGCCCUCAUCCCAUCUCAUCUCUCACCGAGGAGCAGGAUGGAGAGGACGGUUUGGACGACGGUCAUAAGGAGGGGUUUCUCGUACUUGACGUCCUCGAAUAUCUUUUGUAUGAGGAUGCUGGAGCCCACCCACAGCAGAAUGACGCCGCCCAAGAUGGUGAAACCCAACGCACGCCGCGACGCCGCACCAAACGAGCCGAGACCCAGAGUCGCCAUCAGGGAACCAGACGUGGAACCAGCGCUCGUGUGAUUAUGAAUGAACCUUCUGCUCUUCUCUGCUGACGAGUUGACACGUGGAGAAGGGAAGAGCAC